AUGUCGGCUCCCGGGACCCUCAGCACUUACUACGUGGACUCCUUCCUGGUGCAGGAAGGGGACGAGCUGGCGGCGCCCCGCUACGCGCAUUACGGCAUUAAACCUGAACCGCAGGCGGCCAGAAGGGGUGACUGUACCACGUUUGACACUCACACUUUGUCUCUGUCUGAUUAUGCUUGUGGUUCUCCUCCAGUUGAUAGGGAUAAGCAAAGCCACGAAGGCGCAUUCUCUGAAAACAAUGGAGAAAGUGAGGCAAACGGAGAGAAACCACAGAUUGAUCCAAAUAAUCCAGCUGCAAACUGGCUCCACGCAAGGUCCACCAGGAAAAAGCGUUGCCCUUACACCAAGCAUCAAACGCUCGAACUGGAAAAGGAGUUUCUGUUCAAUAUGUAUCUCACCAGGGACCGUAGAUACGAGGUGGCCAGACUCCUCAACUUAACUGAGAGACAAGUGAAAAUUUGGUUUCAGAACAGGAGGAUGAAAAUGAAGAAAAUCAACAAAGACCGAGCAAAGGACGAAUGAUGGUGAUACGCGGGUUAAAUUGAAA